AUGCACAUCAUAUCAAAGAAAGAAGGAAUUCAAAGAGCCUCCGGUUUGUCCAGUAUUGAUUAUAUUAUGACUCCAAGAUGGAUGUCGCUUGGGGAUGUUGAUACAUCAGGUAGUACAGUGGCUAGCACUGAACCAUCAGACUAUGUACGUGGUCUUGAUCAGAAAGCAAAACACUUGUCUCUGGGAAGAAAUAACAUUGUUUCAGAACCUGAAGAAGUGCUACACCCUCAACCACAUCAUGGAUCAUUCUGGCCAAGAACCAGGUCCAAAGCAAGGGCUGAUAGAAAUUCAGUUGGUAUAACGUCUACUAAUGACACACGGUCGUCUUGGGCAGCCCCAUCAAUGCACGAUAAGGAAGACAUUUCCUCAACAAUAUCAGACCCAGGACCUAUUUGGGACUGUGAACCAAAGUGGGACACAGGGCCAAAAUGGGAUAGUGAGCUAACUUGGGAGCCUGACCACCCCAUUGAACUCCCUAGACCACAAGAGGACAUGGGAAUUGGAGCACCGAUGGAACUUGUGCCAAAUUGGGAUGAUAAAUGGGUAGUUAGGAAAGGGCACUUUCUUGGUGUCCUAGUAUGCAACCAUUCAUGCAUGACAGUGCAAACUUUGACCUCCAGAGUUAUGUCUAAAGUACAAGAGGGUUCAUAG